AUGGAUUCCCUACCCUCUCAACUCUCCUCCCUCGAGCUCUACCUAGCACCCGGUGUUCAAAUCUUCAAACUCGGGGAUUGGAAACUUCAAUCUGGAAAGGAGAUUCCCGAUGCACAUAUUGCUUAUAAAACAUUUGGAGAUCCAAGUUCUCCCGCCAUAAUCUAUCCUUCUUGGUUUUCGGGAGCAAUCGCGGACAACGAAUGGCUCAUUGGAGAAGACCAAGUAUUAAAUCCCCAAAAAUACUACAUUAUCAUCACCGCUCUCUUCGGAAACGGAGAAUCAACCUCCCCCUCCAACUCCCCCCUAACCCCCUUCCCCAAAAUAACAUUCUACGACAACGUCCGCGCCCAACACACCCUCAUAACCACGCACCUCAACAUUACCCACGCCCGCGCCGUACUUGGCUGGUCCAUGGGCGCCGGCCAAACCUAUCAAUGGGCUACUACAUAUCCCUCAUUCAUGGACAUAUGCAUUCCCUUUUGCGGAAGCGCCAAGACUGCACUUCAUAAUCAAGUUUUUCUGGAAGGUGUUAAAUCUGCAUUGUUAGCUGCAAAGAGUAUUUCGAGCGCGGGGUUGGAGGGAGUAGUGGUUAUGAAGGGGGAUGAGGAGAUCAGGGUUUGGAGUCAGGAGGAGAAGGAGGUGGGGUUGAAGGCUUUUGGGAGGGGGUAUGCGGGGUGGGGGUUUAGUCAGGCUUUCUACCGUGAGGAACUCUUCAAGCGUGCCCUUGGAUAUAAAAAUCUAGAGGAUUUUAUGAAGAAUUUCUGGGAGAAAUGGGCUCUUUCGAAAGACCCGGAGAACCUCCUCACAAUGCUCUACACCUGGCAAUCCGGCGAUGUCUCCGCUCAAUCCCCAUACAACGGAGAUUUCCCUGCCGCUAUGAAAGCUAUUAAAGCCCAGAUGCUUGUUUUACCCGGGAAGACAGAUUUAUAUUUUCCACCCGAAGAUUCCCUCAUCGAAAUAUCCCUCAUGAACCCCGGAAUCGGUACCCUCGACAUAUUCCCCAGUAUAUGGGGACAUUGGGCUGGAGGACCCGGUGAUUCCAAGGAUGAUGUUUCAUGGUUGAAUCAGAAAUUGGAGGGGGUUGGACUUUGA